CUGAGCUCUUAGGAGCCGACACAUUUCUCUGAUUGUUGGGGAUCCCGCCAUUCAACAGCCAGGAUGGCUCGGGAUAUGUCAGAUAAGGAAAUCUUGAAAAUGGAGCUGGACCAGUUGAAGAAGGAAGUUAGCACACCAAGGACAGCUGUGAGUGCAAACUGUACAGACACAAUUGCUUUCGUUGAAGAACUGGCACCAAAUGAUCCACUGAUUAAGGGAGUUCCAGAUGACAAGAACCCUUACAAGGGAGACAAAGGAGGCUGCAUAAUAACAUAG